GACGGAGACACGGAAUCUGAAGCAGGCUCCAGGCUCUGAGCUGUCAGCACUGAGCCACCCAGGUGCCCCUGUUUAGUAAUGUUUUUAAGUAUCUUCUAAUAGUAUCCAGAGUAUUUUCUCAAUCCUAGCUUCUCUAUGAAGUUGGUACUGCUAUUUCCAUAGUCAAGAAAAGUAAAAGGCCCUGAAAGUCAUUUGUUGCAAAGCUAGAGCUUGGAUUUGUAUAGUCUGUUCUUAACUAAUUCAUACCUACAGUAUGAAAAAUAGAGAACUGUGGGAGAGAGCUCAUCUUUUUUGACCUGGUUCUUAGGGCACUGUGUAUAUAGUUCUGUGCUUAAUGGGUGAAGGGUAAUCUUGUGAUCAGCCUUGUGGAUACUGAAGCUGUAGGAGGUUCGUGGCACUUUUGUGUGUUUUGCUAUAGAAGCAAUGUUAGGCUGAAAACUGAAUUUGUCUCCACCAGCAGGUGUUGAGUGUCCAGUGAGGGAGAGUUUGAAAAUUUAAAAAGAAUUUCAAAAGCGUAUUUGAGGGUAUGUGGGAAAUGUUAAAAAGCACCAAACCCCUUUAGUAAAAUAGAGUGCUGUGGUAACUAACAAUGGGGCUACCAAAUUGGAUGGACAUCGAUGGGCUCUGAAGAAUUUUGUUCAGCCGAGUUGUGCCUCAUUAAGCUCAGAGCCACAAAGCCAAAUCCUGGGAGAGGUGGAGGCACUGGACACCGGUGGGGGUAGGAUCCCAGAUGCGGAUGGGGGAAGUUGGGGUCGGUGCGCCUGCGCGCUGGGGCUCUGUGCGUCUGCGCACGUGGGCUCCAGCCCUGUUGUUCGACGCUUCCGUACUUCGGGGCGGUGACGCCGCUCAGAAAUCCCAACCUAUUGUCUGGAAAGAUUCGUGAGGAUGCUGAGGCCUGAGGUCUCGUCAACCUCGUCUUCUGCCCCUGCGGCUUCCCCCGCAUUGGGAAAGGCUAGAAUUCAGGGUCGUCGCUAUAAUUUCGGACUCCAGGAGACUCCUCAGAGCCGCCCUUCAGCGCAGGCCUCCGCGUCCACACCUCCGGGCACGUCUGGAGCCGCCGGCGACCAGAGCAGCAGCAGCAGCAGCAGUGUCCAUGGCCACCCGCCCCGCACCCGACCAGCUCAAGGUUCAUAUUUUGGAAACAAAAGAUCUAAUGCAGAAAACAUAUUUGCAUCAAAUUUUACUUUUGGUACAAGCUCAUCUUCUGCACGAGAUAGUAAUUAUCCUCAAAUACUAAAAACUCCAUUGUCUGCUGGAAAUCCCCAGAGAUCAGGUUAUAAAAGUUGGACACCACAAAUGGGAUAUUCAGCUACAUCCUCAUCUGCAGUAUCAAUACACUCCCCAUCAGUUAUUGUAGCUGUUGUAGAAGGGAGAGGACUUGCCAGAGGUGAAAUAGGAAUGGCAAGUAUUGAUUUAAAAAGCCCACAAAUUAUAUUGUCUCAGUUUGCAGACAACACAACAUAUGCGAAGGUGAUCACUAAACUCAAAAUUCUAUCGCCUUUGGAAAUAAUAAUGUCAAAUACUGCUUGUGUUGUGGGGAAUUCAACUAAGUUGUUUACUCUGAUCACAGAAAAUUUCAAGAACGUUAAUUUUACUACUAUCCAAAGGAAAUACUUCAAUGAAACAAAAGGACUAGAGUACAUUGAACAGCUAUGCAUAGCAGAAUUUAGUACUGUCCUAAUGGAGGUUCAGUCCAAGUAUUACUGUCUUGCAGCUGUUGCAGCUUUAUUAAAAUAUGUUGAAUUUAUUCAAAAUUCAGUUUAUGCACCAAAAUCGCUGAAGAUUUGUUUCCAGGGUAGUGAACAGACAGCCAUGAUAGAUUCAUCAUCAGCCCAAAACCUUGAAUUACUAAUUAAUAACCAAGACUGUAGGAAUAAUCACACACUCUUUGGUGUUCUAAAUUACACUAAGACUCCUGGAGGAAGUAGAAGACUUCGAUCUAAUAUAUUAGAACCUUUAGUUGAUAUUGAAACCAUUAACAUGAGAUUAGAUUGUGUUCAAGAGCUACUUCAAGAUGAAGAACUCUUCUUUGGACUUCAGUCAGUUAUAUCAAGAUUUCUUGAUACAGAGCAGCUUCUUUCUGUUUUAGUCCAGAUUCCAAAGCAAGACACGGUUAAUGCAGCUGAAUCAAAGAUAACAAAUUUAAUAUACCUAAAACAUACCUUGGAACUUGUGGAUCCUUUAAAGAUUGCUCUGAAGAACUGUAACACACCUUUAUUAAGAGCUUACUGUGGUUCCUUAGAAGAUAAGAGGUUUGGAAUCAUACUUGAAAAGAUUAAAACCAUAAUUAAUGAUGAUGCAAGAUACAUGAAAGGAUGCCUGAACAUGAGGACUCAGAAGUGCUAUGCAGUGAGAUCCAACAUAAAUGAAUUUCUUGACAUUGCUAGAAGAACAUAUACAGAGAUUGUAGAUGACAUAGCAGGAAUGAUUUCGCAGCUCGCAGAAAAAUACAGUCUUCCUUUAAGGACAAGUUUUAGCUCCGCUCGAGGAUUUUUCAUCCAGAUGACUACAGAUUGUGCAGCCCUUCCCAAUAAUCAACUUCCUUCAGAGUUUAUUAAGAUAUCUAAAGUGAAAAAUUCUUAUACCUUUACAUCAACAGAUUUAAUUAAAAUGAAUGAAAGAUGUCAGGAGUCUUUGAGAGAGAUCUAUCACAUGACUUACAUGAUAGUGUGCAAAUUGCUUAGUGAGAUUUAUGAACAUAUUCAUUGCUUAUAUAAACUAUCUGACACGGUGUCAAUGCUGGAUAUGCUACUGUCAUUUGCUCAUGCCUGCACUCUUUCUGACUAUGUUCGGCCAGAAUUUACCGAUACUUUAGCAAUCAAACAGGGCUGGCAUCCCAUUCUUGAAAAAAUAUCUGUGGAAAAACCUAUUGCCAACAAUACCUUUAUUACAGAAGGAAGUAAUUUUUUGAUCAUAACUGGACCUAAUAUGAGUGGGAAGUCCACAUAUUUAAAACAGAUUGCUCUUUGUCAGAUUAUGGCCCAGAUUGGAUCAUAUGUUCCAGCAGAAUAUUCUUCCUUUAGAAUUGCUGAACAGAUUUUUACAAGAAUCAGUACUGAUGACGAUAUUGAAACAAAUUCAUCAACAUUCAUGAAGGAAAUGAAAGAGAUAGCAUACAUUCUACAUAAUGCUAAUAACAAAUCACUCAUAUUAAUUGAUGAGCUUGGCAGAGGUACUAAUACAGAAGAAGGUAUUGGCAUUUGUUAUGCUGUUUGUGAAUAUCUGCUGAGUUUAAAGGCAUUUACACUGUUUGCUACACAUUUCCUGGAACUAUGUCAUAUAGAGGUCCUGUAUCCUAAUGUGGAAAACAUGCAUUUUGAAGUUCAGCAUGUAAAGAACACCUCAAGAAAUAAAGAAGCAAUCUUGUAUACCUACAAACUGUCUAGGGGACUCACAGAAGAAAAAAAUUAUGGAUUAAAAGCUGCAGAGGUGUCAUCACUCCCACCAUCAAUUGUCUUGGAUGCCAAAGAAAUCACAACUCAAAUUACCGGACAAAUUUUGCAAAACCAAAGAAGUACCCCUGAGAUGGAAAGACAGAGAGCUGUGUACCAUCUAGCCACUAGACUUGUUCAAACUGCUCGAAACUCUCAAUUGGAUCCAGACAGUUUACGAACAUAUUUAAGUAAUCUCAAAAAGAAGUAUGAAACAGAUUUUCUCAGGGCUGAACAAUUUUCAGGGAAGACUGAAGAAUAAUAACAAUUCACAUCAUGUACUAAUGAAAUAAUAUAUCUUAAUAUGAGGAAACUAGGAUUCAUUUUUCUCAAGAGCAAGAGAAAAUAUUUGCUAAAUUUUAUAUUUUAAUGGAAAAUUACAUUAUAUUAACCUUAGAAUUAUCAUCUAUGUAUUCUGUGUAAGAAAAUAUUUGUUAUAAUUUAACAUAUUGGAACCAUUUAAAGGACUGAUUUUUAUGUUAGAAGAACGUCAAUGUGACAUUUUUUUCUCAUUUGUGAAAAUUCAUGUUGUUAUGUCUUAACUGUAUUUAUACUUACAAGUUAUGCUUUAAAUGCUAUUAUAAAUACCUUAGUUUAAAAAAAAAACACUUUUUUCAGUCUGGAAACUUAUGUGAGUUCUUUUAUGCUCUCUUCUGAAGCAGUAAGACCCUAUGGCUCAAUAAUUUCUUAAUUAGUACCCCCCAAAUUCCAACACUGGAUGCUUCUGAAGUUUGUUAGGAUAAUAUUGGGAAUUUUAAAGUAUUCUUUUUGACCGUUCUGAAUAGGUCUAAAGGGUGAAAAGAAACAAACAUAUUUUGUAACGCAGAGAAUGUUUUUGGAAGGAGUCACCAUCACCCACCCUUUCAGUUUUCCAAAUACCAGGCAUUUGAUUUUGUUUUCCAAGUUUUCAUUUUUGGCCAUCUUUUUUAGGUGAGUAACCAAAGCAGCAUAAAGGUAAUAUUGGUUCAUUUGCCUCAGGGAGCAUUUUAUAGAAUAUAAAAUUUAUAGAAUAUAAUUUUAUAGAAUAAAAUUUUAUAGAAUGUAAAAAUUUAUAGCAUUUUUCCAGAGCAUGUGGCUUACACCACUACUUCAGAGUUUACCAGAUCAUUCUUGUUUCCUAAAUGCACAAAAGUAGACGGAAGACCAGCUGUUGUUCAGUAACUGUAAAGACUAGGGCUGUUGUCUUUUCAAAUACCUUAUUUCUACAAUUCCAUCUCACUAGAUGACUGACUUACAUAAUCCCAUCCCAAAGGCCCAAGAUAGGGAGAUUAUUCUUUUCUUAGACAAUGAAGUAUCUGGAAUUCAGGGCAUACAUUCAGUAAACUGCAGAAUUCAUAGUAAUUUAGCCCAAAAAAUAUAUUUACAGACUGGUUAGGGCCCUAUUUUUUGUCAAUGUGUGCAUAUUUUGUACAGUUUAAUAUUUUUGACUUUAUUAAAUUUUAAGCAUUCUAAGUACAUACUAGCAGCGAGAUAUUGAAAAAGUUAUAAUUUGGUUGGCAUACAUGCUUGUUUGAAAUGUAAUUGUAAAUUAGUGUUAGUAUUUAAAGUUGAUACAUGUUAAACAUCCCUUUAGACUAUUUAUAUUACCUAUUGUCAUGUUUUAGAGAGUACCACAAUAUUUUAAUUUGACCAUUAGCCAUUGUUUUAAUUCAGUCUUUGAAAUGAAUUCUAUUUUAUGCAGUCAUUCCUAAAAGCAGUUAGAUAAUUUAGGCUUGCAGCAAAUUUCUAAAAGGUACUGAGGAUGACAAGGGCGUGGCACAUGGUCUGAGAAGAAAAGGGAAGUAAUAAUAAAAGGUAGAAGGGGAGCAGGCAGUAGGAUAAAAAACAGGCAAGCAGAGACAAGUACAGAGUAUAAAAUAUGCAGAAUAUCAUUUCCUUAAAUGUUUUAAUUUCCCUUUAGAUUUAACCCCAAUAUUAGAUUCCACCAGACUUUUAAGAAAUUUUUCAUGAUUUAGAUCUUUUGCUAAAGAAACUGUAGCCAACUGAUUAAUCCCUUUUAUUUUAUUUUAGGUUUAGAACACUGAAAUAAAAAUAGAUUUAUAUCUUCUUAAAAUUAAAUUACUUUUUCUUCAGUCGUUUUGUGUGUAGCUGAAACAUACAAAACAAAUGAAGAUAUAAUUAUUAUGUUAUGGUACUGUAGAAUACAAGUGAGUACUAGGGAGACCAUCCAUUCUUUAAUUUUAAGGUCUAUUUGCUUUUUUCUUCAGUAACUUUUCACUUUGCCUUUCUCUAAAAUUAUAGAUCAUUAUCUCAUAAUCAAGCUUUUUAAGAUAAAUGUUCAUAACAUUGUAGCAAACUCCUUUAAUUUCCGCCUCAAAGCCAUUCUUUUAGUCUGUCCUACCUUUCUCCUCACAUAAAGCAGUCUCUUUCAAGUCUAGGGUUAAAGGAUGUAGAGUAGAAGGAAAUGGCAGCUUAUCCUCAUGCCUGGGAGUCAUGCAUUUAUUUUUAAAUUUACAUACAGUAAAGUUAACUCUUUUUUGUAUAAAGUUAUAUGAAUUUUAGCAUAUUUAUGGCUUCAUGAAAUCACUACCAUGAUCGGUUUCUUCAUCAAAUACCGAACAAUUCCUUCACCUUCACAUCAUUCCCUUAGUAUUGUCCUUUUGUUGUCAGAUCCUUCCCUGACCCCUGACUUUAACCCAGCAAUCACUAGAAAUUAAGCAUUCCAUCCCAGUAGUUUUGUUUUUUCCUUAAAUGUCCAACAAAUGGAAUCCUACAGGAUGGAACUUUUUGAGACUGGCUACUUUUGCCCAGCAUAAUGCAUUUUAGAAUUUGUCCAUGUUGUUGUGCUCUUUUAUUGCUGACUAGUAUUUCAUUAUUUAUAUGUGCCAUAGUUUUACCUGUACACUCAUUGAAGGACAGUUGGGUUUCCAGUUUUUGGCAAUUAUGAAUUAAACUGUUAAAAAACAUUCAUGUAUA